AAGCCUCCCGAUGUCUUGUUUCGGUCAAUGAUCGACCUGUCAAGUCGUCUCGCCUAGAGGCCUCGCCGGGACUCGAAAAGAUGAGGCCCAUGCAACUGCCAAGUUCCGAAUCCUUCAAGCAAGGACUCAAGGACUCCGACCAUCCUUGCGACCUCUCUAGAUUCGCUACCACCAAUCGCUGGUCCCCGUUAAAAUUGACUCGUGGAGGAGAACAAGAUUUAGGGAGAUGAAUCGCAACCUUUAAUUGUCGGGUGCCCCAGACUGGAUCCCGCGGUUGUCUCUUUUCUGUCUUUCCACGUUGUCUCGAUUGCAAGAUCGACGCAAGACAGAUCUGAAGAUCAUGAUAGGACCAGGCGGCGAUGCGCCCAUGGCGCUGGCCGUUCUUUGGGGCUUGACGGGUCUCGCUCUGUUCUUCGUGCUGUUGCGGUUGUAUACUCGACUUGUCAUCCUGCAAGCGUACGGCGUGGAUGACCACUUCUUCAACCUCGCUUUCCUUCUCUUCGUCGCCUACGAUGUCAUGCUCACAAUCUCUUCCUUCUACGGCUUUGGUAGGAAUAUCCUAGAGCUUGAGAUGGACAACAUGCCGAAAGCGAUUUUAUACGAGGCAAUCGGCAGCACAAUCCUCGUAUCCGCCAUCGUCGUCUCCAAGGCCUCUCUAGCACUGUUCCUCCUCCGCCUCGUGAACACUCGCCUGCAUCAGAUCUUCGUGGUCGCCCCCGUCAUCAUUCUGUUUCUCAUCGCCUUGGCCUCUCUUCUCGUCUUCUGGUUCUCGUGUACGCCGAUCAAUUUUCUCUGGGACCGGCUGAUCCCCAAUGGAAGCUGUCCCAUCGAUCCGGGCCCCAUCUCGACGGCUGCAGGAGCUUGGAGCGUUGUCGUCGACUUUUGGUACGCCAUAACACCGUGGGCGUUAUUGUGGAACGUUCAGAUGCCAAAGAGGGAGAAGUUGCUCAUUAAUGUGAGCAUGAGCUUGGGAGUCAUUGCUGGCGCAUGCGGAAUACUCAGAGCUUUGGAGCUCAAGAACCUGAGCAGUGUGAACUUCACCAAAGACACUGUCGCCCUGAUAGUAUGGCAUGCAGCAGAACUAGCGGUGACCCUCGUCUGCAUCGGCAUUCCCGUAUGCCGCCCCCUCUUCAAGGGCUGGCUCAGCAAAUGGACGUCCCGAAACGGCAGCAGGCCUGGACCAUACACCAGAGACAUAACCGGAUCCAACUUGGGCUUCGGUUUAAAGACGAUUGGUGGAACCGACUACACCGUCCGAGUUGGCUUGAAGACGCCAGACUUGGACUUGGGAAGCCUCGCGGGACGAAGCGGCGAAGGGCGGUGGGGAAGCGGGACGAGGUCUGCUGGAAAGGGCUUCGGCGACAACGAUAGCGUGGAUUCAAUACUGGGGCCGGAUCAUCGACAUGGCCAGGCGCGGGACGCGGAUAUCGAAAGGUACUCUAGUGAUGAGGGAAAGGGGAGUAAGCAAAAUAUCCAUGUCUGGGUGAAGUCGGAAGUGGUCGUCAAGUCGACUGCAAGGGACUGAAGCUUGAGAAAUAGCGUACACGAGAAAACGUAAACGACGAAUUCACAGUGAAGCAUUUAUCGAUCG